AUGGUCGAGACUUAUAGUCGCCGUUCUCUCACGUAUCAGACUGACAAGCUACCCGCCAUAUCUGGGAUAGCAAAACUCUUGCAUAAGAUGACUCAAGAUGAUUAUUGCGCCGGGUUAUGGAGAAGUCAACUUCCAGAGGCACUCCUCUGGUCUUCAGGAAAUGCCAACAGAGAGGAUACUGAAAGUGAGAAGUGUGUGCCUUCUUGGAGCUGGGCUUCUACACGCAGUAGCGGUAUAACAUACGAUUAUAAAGAUAAGAAAUUCAAGGCUGACAUUGAAAUCAUUUCUGUGGACAUGCAACUUUCCAGCAGCAACGCUUUCGGUAGCGUUUUUGGAGGUAAACUUGAGGUUAAAGCAGUUCUUAUUCCGAUACAGGUCAAAAGGGAACCACCGGAUUCAAUAUCGUUUUACCGGAUUACUGAAUUUAAGGAGAAGGAAUGGACACUUGGGAAUGAUGAGAUCGUUGUGCAUCUAGAUCCCUAUCAUUAUGAUCCAAACAAGCCCACUGAAUCUGCAAUUGAAGUCAAGAAGAACGUCUCGCUCUUCCUCAUGUUUGUUGGAACCUGA